AAAAGCAGUAUCCGAAACAGGCCAAGCUCUGGAAAGAGCGGGAAUGAGAAUGGAAGGCGUCCAGGAUUUUUUGAAAUUAUUCUCUCGCCACCGUCCGAUUAUGGGACUUUAUGAUAAGCGUCCCGCUGUAAAUACCGAUGCUUUUGUUGCUCCCAAUGCUUCCGUAAUUGGAGACGUGAAAAUGGCUGCUGGUUCUUCUGUGUGGUACAAUGCGGUCGUUCGAGGUGAUAUAAACACUGUCACGAUCGGAGAGAACACGAACGUUCAGGAUCGUGCCGUGCUGGCCUCUGCCAAGAAGAGCCACUGCAGCGACGGAACCCUGAAGAUCGGAAACAACGUCACGAUCGGCCACGCCGCGAUUCUCAACGCCUGCCAGGUGGAUGAUUACUCGCUCAUCGGCAUGGGCGCCAUACUGGAGGAGGGUUGCCAUGUGGGCUCGUAUUCCAUGGUGGGAGCUGGCUCCGUGGUGGAGAAGCAGCAGGAGAUUCCUUCGGGAGAGCUGUGGACCGGUAACCCUGCGCGGUUUGUACGCAAACUGACGGAGGAGAAGAAGAAGAGUUUGGAGCACAGCGCUGCGGAGUAUGUGGAGCUGGGACGGAAGAGUGCUGCGGAGAUUCAGCAAAAGUAUGGAGAGGCGUUCCGUUGCGACUAAGUCAAUCGUAAUUGGAUAGUGUUGUUU